GCCGUCGAUGGCUUCUACGGCUUCAAUGGCCCCACUUGGUUUGUGAACCCUGUCCGCGCUAAUUUAGAUGCAUUGAUGGAUUUCUCAUGCCCCGAUAUUUUGUUCACUCUGUCCCCCUCGUCUUCUUUAACCCCGUAUUUAAUUGUGACUCUCUUUCAACAGGGAACCAUGAAAGUAGCUUGGUUGGCCAUCGCAGCGGUUGCUGUCGCGCAACAAGCUCAUCUCGGAUCAGAAGGAGUCAUCCAGGGCCACAAGGCUGUACAGAACCCCAGUGUUACAGAAUGGCUGGGGGUGCCUUACGCGCAGCCCCCGGUCGGCCAAUUGCGAUUCGCACCGCCUCAAGCAUACACGCCUAGGGGUUUACAUGUUGCCUCGGAAUAUUGCAUGUACUCGGUGUCAAAAUUGGUCAACUAUCCCGACAAAACUCCACAAUUUGACAGCAUUUUUGAGGCCUUCGCAGCUAUCAACAACAACACCCAGAGCGAAGAUUGCUUGACUCUGAACAUUUGGUCAAAGCAAGACUCGAGUCGACUCAAGCCAGUCUAUGUUCAUUUCUACGGGGGCCGAUGGACAAGUGGCACGACUGAUACUCUUUUCUACUACGGAGGCGGAUUUGCUGACGCCGAAGAUGUAAUCGUCGUGACGGUCAACUACCGCAUGAACAUUUUCGGGUUCCCUGGAUUACCGGGACACCCUCCUAACCUGGGCCUUCUGGAUCAACGGUUGGCCGUUGAAUGGGUUAAGCAGAAUAUUCGUGCAUUCGGCGGCGACCCAGACCGCAUCACCAUAUCUGGCCAGUCCUGUGGAAGUGCUUCCGUCGACUACUGGGCAUAUGCUUACCCUUCGAAGCCUCUUGUUGCCGGUCUGAUCUCGCAUUCUGGCACAGCUCUCAGCUUCCCAACCAACAACAAGACAACCGCAGCAAGUCAUUGGUAUGCAGUCUCUAGCCAGAUAGGCUGCGGGUCUUCAGGGGAUGUUCUGUCGUGCAUGAGAAAGCAGAAUGCUAGUGCCAUUCUCGCUGCUGCUAGUGCUGUGAAAGUGCCAACUACAAACCCUGCGAGGAAGGCCCCGGCCUUCCAGCCUACUGUGGACGGCAUUACUGUUUUCGAAAACUACACUCUUCUUUCGCAGCAAGGAAAAUUUGCCCGCAUUCCUUACUUGGUUGGACACAAUGCAAACGAGGCUGGAUUCUACAAAAUUGCCGCCUACGCUCAGGGAUCUAUAUUGACAGAUCAGCAAUGGGACGACUUCAAUAUGCAAACUUUCUUCUGUCCGUCUAACCUCGAAGCCGCAGACAGAAGCCGCCGACGCACUCCCGCCUGGCGAUUCCAAUACAACGCAGACUGGGACAAUACCCGUCUUUACCCCACCAGUGGGGCAUAUCAUGGUGUUGAAUUUAACAUGAUCUUUGGAGAGUCUGCUGAGAUCACUGGUAUUGCCGAGUCUAAUGCGCAGUGUCAGCUCCAGGACAAGAUGCGCUCAGCUUGGGGGGCGUUUGUCGCUGAUCCAGAACACGGGCUAAAAGAUCUGGGGUGGCCAACAUAUAACCCAGCGGCCUCGACACUUGCCGAAAUAGGUCUCAACAAUGACCCCAGCGUGUCUUUUGUGGGCACCAAGGACUCGGCGCAGCGAUGUGCAACUCUCCUGGCGCAGCUGUAACCUUCUCAAUCCAGGAUCGCAGACAAGACUUCGCCAAUCUAUCCUAAUAACAUCCAAGACAUUUUAUCUACUGUAUAUUAUUGCUAUAAAUGGAAAGUCUUGUUAGUCAUUACAUGUUGAAUUCUCGAGGUACUAUUUACAUGCAUG